AACGCUUGGAUUUCCACUUUACGCCUUUUCUGCAUUGAUUCGCUCUUAGGAGAAGUUACGACGAAAUUCUUACGUUCCAUCUACCCAGGCGAAUUCAAUAGGCUGACAUGGUGACCGCACCGACAAAGGAAGCGUUGCUUCAUCUCUAUUCUUCAACGCUCCGGACAUCGAGAGCAUUCAGUUCAUAUAACUUCCGUCAGUACUUUCUUCGAAGGACAAAGACUGUCUUCCGCGAGAUUCACGAUGAACGGGACCCUGCGAAGCUCUCUGCGUUUUACAAUGACAAAGUAAAAGAGCUUGCUGUUUUGAAGCGUAGCGCUAUUGUGAACCAGCUAUAUGGUGGAUGGAAGCUUGUCGUGGAAGAGAAGAAGCCUAGGGAACUACUAGAGAGAGCCGACUCAUGAUCCUCGAUUCGGGCAGUUCUUUAUUCGUUCAGUGAGUUCAUAUUCGAUGCUCUUACCAUUCCCAUAUUUUAAUAAUUACUCAAUCAGAAAUCCGUAUACCUUUGAUCGACAUGCUCUCCGUCUACUGGUUCACUCCCUCACAUUCAUCCUGAAUACUCGGGAUCCGAUUCCAUAUCUCCGAUACACCUACGACCAUCAUGCAUUGUAUUUCUAGAUUUAAUCUGCACGUAUCACUGGAUAUUUCUGCUCUGUUACCGUCGAAGUAUGAGACUAUUCGAGUCUCGGUUGUGGUGAGGUUUGCAGUUGAACGUUGAACCAUCGAUAUAAGGAUACAUCCAGACAGUAGAAUCUGCUUGCAUCGUGAAUAUUCGUUAUUCGUCUGGUGCACAUAUGUUCAAAUCGAACGUAUCGAAUGAGACUAUACAAUGCUUGGGAAUUCUCAAUCAG